AGUAGAGUCCUCGAUCAGCAGCUAGCUGACUAGUUCGUGUUGAUUUGGUUUGACUAAAAAUGGCCUCGACAACUGCUGGAGUUAUCUCGUUGGACGCUACUGCGUACGCCGGGGCCAGUGACCGCUACAGUACUGAAGUGCCACACAAACCGGGUCCAAGUGUCGACGACAUUAGCCGAUCGUUGCAACGGUUCAAUUGGCCAGACUAUGUGGUGUUUGUUUUGAUGCUGGUAGUGUGCAUGGUGAUUGGAAUUUUCUUCGGCUACAAAGACCACCAGAAACAUAAGCGACAAAAACAUGCCAGAAGGGGUUCGGAAGCGCUGGACUAUCUGGUCGGUGGACGGAAAAUGAAAAUCAUACCUGUGGCCGUAUCGCUAAUUGCAAGCUGGAUUUCUGGCAUCUCGCUGUUGGGAACCUCGACGGAAAUCUACGUUUACGGUGUGCAGUACUGUUACAUCAUUUCCGCGGUUGCAGUGAUGGCGGUGCUAAUGAACUACAUUUUCCUGCCCGUGUUUCACGAUCUGCAGAUCACUUCCGCCUACGAGUACCUGCAAAUGAGAUUUGACAAACGGAUGCGACUUCUCGGAUCGGUUCUGUUCACGUUGGCCAGUAUUCUCUGGCUACCAAUAGUGAUCUACGUUCCAGCGCUCGCCUUCAAUCAGGUGUCAGGGGUCAACAUCCACGUCAUUACUCCCAUCGUUUGUUUGGUGUGCAUUUUCUACACCAGUUUGGGAGGACUGAAAGCUGUUGUCUGGACCGACGUUAUUCAAACUACCGUCAUGGUCGGAGCGAUGGUUAUCGUGAUCGUCAAAGGCACCGCGGACGUCGGAGGUCUCAGCGUGGUCAUUGAACGAAAUUCGGCCGGACAAAGAUUUGAGCCACCAAACUUCGAUUUGGACCCAACGGAACGGAACACCUUCUGGACCCUGCUGAUCGGUGGUACCUUCUUCUGGACGUCCACAAACUCGAUCAACCAGAACAUGAUGCAGCGAUACCUGUCGCUUCCGACGCUGGGCGCUGCCCGGAAAGCAUUUGUACUGUUUCUCGUCGGAACGGUCAUCCUGUUGGCCAUGUGUUGCUACAAUGGGCUGCUGAUUUUUGCCAUGUAUCACGACUGUGACCCCCUGUCGACUGGUUUGGCGAAGGCAAAGGAUCAGCUAGUCCCGCUGCUGGUGAUGGAGGUCCUCGGAGACUAUCCUGGCCUAGCCGGGCUGUUUGUAGCGGGAAUCUUUAGUGCCGCGCUCAGCUCGCUAUCGACCGCCCUCAACUCGUUGUCCGCCAUCGUGCUGGAGGACUUUUGCAAACCGUUCGUGUCGAAGCCGCUGACGGAAACGCAGACCCGUUACAUUAUGCGAUUCGCCGUGCUGGCGUUCGGUACGCUGGCCGUAAUGAUGGUGAUCGUGGUUGAAAAGAUGGGCGCUGUGUUGCAGUUGUCGAUGAGCUUGGGUCCCGUCACGAUAGGACCGUUGUUCGGGUUGUUCCUGAUGGGUUUCUUCUUCCCAAGGAUCAAUGGCAGCUGUGCCAUCGUAGGCUCAGUGGCAGGGUUGGCUCUGAUGUCGUACAUAGUUAUUCGGUCGCAGAUAUCCAUCGCACUGAAGGAGAUUGUGUUUAUCGAAAAACCGGUAACAGUUUCAGGCUGUCAGUAUGAGUUUACACCGAAAAAUGGGUCCCUCUACGUGGACGCUGCCGCGCCCGGCGAGAAGUCGAUCCACCACGUUUCGUUCCUGUACUACUGCAUGAUCGGUUCGCUAGUGCCCACCGUCGUCGCUUACCUGUGCUCCUUUGUGCUUCCUCGCUCCAAGACGGAUCACAUUGAUCCUAUGCUGUUGGCCCCGUUCCUGCGUCGAUUCUACAGGCCCCACGUUGACGAGAAGGCUAACCAUAUGACAGAAGUACUGCACGAGUUUGAAACGAAGGAUAUUCAACUGUAGGCGGACGUGUGCCGGCAUUGCAUCGGCAGGGCUGUACA